GUGGCAGUAACACUACUAUAUUACAAAUCUACUUAGUUCACUCCAUGUUCCAUACAUCCAUGUUGUAUGAUAUGUAUAUUUGUCUAUACCUGCCCUCUGUACAUACAAUCUCCAAAAACCUAAACUGACACAAACCAAACCAUCCAAAAUUAAGUUUCUUCUGUCUACUUAAGACUGUAUUUCCUUCAUUAGAUCCAGUUUGGGAUGUUUUCCUCUCUUAGUAGUUAAGACACCAGGAUACUGUUUAUCAUCUUUCCUCUGCCAUUCACCAGUUUUAAAUAAGCAUAAUUAGAUUCAAGAUUGUGCAAUUAAAGCAGUCAUAAGUAGAUGCUCACGUAGGACAUUACUACAAAAGCAGUAACUAGCAACCACAGGUCACACCCAGCUUGUAUAAACUCUAGCUUAUGCAGUGAAGUCAAGAGGACGAAGCCUUUCGUUACUCAUGCUGGUGGAAGAGGAUUCAGAAUGUUCUUGCACACUUUUGUAUCCGUAACCUGAAUGACGCACAAGUGUGGAAAAGAAGAAAGAAACCUUAUGGCGGCCCUGAAAAUAGCAAAUGUCAAUUGGCAAUCCAAACUGAAUAAAGCUGCACACCACACCUCUGAUUACAGCAGCACAGAAGCAAUCUUGAGGAGAGGACAGGCCUUCAACAUCACUCUGCACCUCCAAACAAUGGUGCAAUCUGGGGACAACUUCACAUUUAUUGCAAGCACAGGACCAUCACCAGCAGAAUCACAGAGGACCAAGGCUGUAUUUAACCUCUCUGAGGAGGGUGCCAGUGGCUGGAGUGCAACCCAAGAGCCCAGUGAGCCCGGCUGCAUAAACUUCACAAUAUUCAGCCCAGCCAAUGCUGUCAUUGGACGAUACAAACUUAAACUCCAGAUUGUUUCUGGGAACAAGGUCUCUUCAACACUCCUGGGCCAGUUUGUACUACUCUUCAAUCCCUGGUGUCCAAAUGAUGAUGUCUAUAUGGCUAAUGAAAAGGAGCGACAGGAGUAUGUCCUGAACGAUAGUGGAAUCAUAUUUCAGGGACUGGAAAAAUAUAUUCAACAAGAAGCUUGGAACUAUGGACAGUUUGAAGAGGAUAUCCUUGAUAUCUCUCUGGCUAUACUGGAUCGAAGCCUGAACCACCGCCAAGAUCCAGCUGCUGAUGUAUCCAACAGAAACAAUCCUAUCUAUGUGAGCAGGGUUAUCAGUGCUAUGGUUAACAGCAACGAUGAAAAAGGAGUAGUGGAAGGGAAGUGGAAUGGAAAGUACUGCUCAGGAACCAACCCCUUGCAGUGGAGUGGAAGCGUGACCAUCCUUCGAAAGUGGUACAGGGGGAGAUACAAACCUGUCCGGUAUGGCCAGUGCUGGGUCUUUGCAGGAGUAAUGUGCACAGUUCUGAGAUCCUUGGGAAUACCUACUCGCGUUAUUACAAACUUCAACUCUGCCCAUGACAGGAAUAUAAAUCUGAGUAUUGAUAAGUACGUUGACAUUUCUGGAAAGACCCUGCACUUGACUGAAGACAGUGUGUGGAAUUUCCAUGUCUGGAAUGAAAGCUGGUUCAUUAGAAGAGAUCUUGGCUCUUUUUAUGAUGGAUGGCAGGUUCUGGAUGCAACACCCCAGGAAAGAAGCAAAGGCAUAUAUCAAUGUGGUCCUGCCUCCACCAGAGCCAUUAAGGAAGGGGAUGUGAACCUGGAUUAUGACAGCUCAUUUCUGUUUGCAGCAGUGAAUGCUGACUAUGUUACUUGGAUUCACUAUAGCAACAAAAGAAAAGAGAGAAUUUAUUCUGAUACUAGGAAGAUUGGAAGAUUUAUCAGCACCAAAGCAGUGGGCACUAACUCCCGUGUGGAUGUCACUGCUAAUUACAAAUAUCCAGAAGCAGGAUCCUUGAAAGAAAGGCAGGUGUAUAAAAAAGCACUGAAGCUGCUUGCUGUGAGAAGCACUGGGAAAAGAACCAAAAUUACAAGACGUAGAAGACGAUCUUCAGUAGCAUGGAGACAAAAUAUGACACAGCCGGCACAAAACCCCAGUAUCUCAGGGAAGCUGAUCCUUGAUGCAUCUCCUGUAAUUGGCCAAGAUAUCCUCCUUACCUUGGCACUCAGGAACUUGACCUCAGAUUUCAAGAACAUAAAGGUUAAACUGAGAGCUUCAGCCAUUCUCUACACGAGAAAACCAAAGGCAGAGAUUUUGCAGUUGUCUAGGUCUGUUAAACUUGGAUCUGAAGAAGUGAAAGAGAUUUCAUUCAAGAUCUCCUAUUCCCAGUACAAAAACUCUCUGGUGGAUGACAGGAAGAUCCUAGUGACUGCUGUGUGUGAAACCAAACAGGGAGCCUCGCUUCUAGUGGAGAAGGACAUUGUACUUCAGGAUCCUUUUCUCACCAUCAAGGUCCUUGGUCCAACAGUGGUACACAAGGCUGUUAAUGUGCAGGUGACAUUUACCAACCCGCUGUCUGAAGUGGUGACAGACUGUGUGCUGAGAGCCGAAGGUAGUGGCCUGAUCAAAGACCAACUCAGAAUCAAUGUGGCAAGAAUGGCCCCCAUGGAGAGCUCAACAGUUCAAUUUGAAAUCAUUCCCUACAAGAGUGGCACCAGGCAGCUUCAGGUGGACUUGGUUUGCAUCCAUUUUUCAGACAUUAAGGGAUUUGUGAUGCUUGAUGUGGCUCCUGCUUAGUGAUAUAACCUGUACAUCAGUUUGGUUUUGUCUCUGUUUAUGACACUGGUGCAGUGUUCGUACAUUAUAAUGACUGGGAGCACAGAAAUGCAGACACUCAGCCAAAAUAAAGUGAUGCAAUAUGAAUGGAAAUGAAUAAAAAGGUACUAUACACUAUGCUAUAAAGACACUGUCACCUCUUUCAUUCCCUAACCUGUUUUAUGGGCCUUCAUGAAUAGAAUUACUAGUGGAAAUCAUUAUAUAAUUUAACUUGAAGGAGAGGCUUAAGUGUGAUGGUUUUCAGUAUUAGAGCCUGUAGCAAUGAUAGCAGCUAGAUUUCCAAGGAAUACCAUUUAAAAUCACUGGUUUUGUAAGCUUCAUUGAAUAUAAUUUCAUUAUAUUCACUAAAUAUAAGUUUUAUUCAGUAAUAGCCAAAGUACUAUCCAAGUAGCUGACAUAAUUCAAUUCUAGAAUUAAAUUUAUCAUUUCAUCUAAUUACUAGAAGGAAAAUGCAGCAAUAAGAUACGGCAGUGUUACAAUAGAAGUCUCUUUUUAUGACUGGAGAAAGAGAAGCUAUUCAAUAAACAAUACUCUUUAAUUCACAGUUUCCCUAUUCAGAUCAUGAUUUAAUCAUGUGAUAAAUUAUAAAUAAUGAAACAUUUGGCAAAGAAAUGGCUGGGAGUAACAGUACAAAAGCAGGUAAAAGAAACAUGUCCUUGACUAAGGAGUAGCAAACGUUAGAGCAUCUGAAAUAAUAACAGGCUGGAAUAGCUGUUCCUGAAAACAGGAAUGAACCAAAACAUCAUUAGUAAAUAGGGGAUUUGUCAUCUGGACUAAGACACAUUUAUUUACACACAUAGCUCCUCACAGACACACCACUGUCUCAAAAUGUCCAGAGAUCUUUCUGGAUGAACUAAAUGAAUGAAUGAAACUUCUCCAAAGAUAAAAGGGUAAAUCAUUACCACAGCCAACCUGACUGAGACCAAAACACACUACAUUUCUAUCACUGAAACACUAUAGUUAAGCACUAUGCAAAUUUUCAUGCAUACACAUCUCUCAAAUUCACCUCCUCAUACAGCCUCUAUUAUCACUUACUUUAAUUGGGUCUGCCAGGAAAAAAAAGAAAAGCAUUUGGCUCUUGAGUGGGGGAAAAAAAGGUAUUUAUCAAGGAAAACAUACUGUAAGAGAUGUCUUAUAGCCCCUAUACUAUGGGUUCAACCCCAAAUCUUGUUCAACUGGCUAUAUCUCUACCAUCACCCUCUCCCAAAGAAGCUUCUGGAUAAUAAAUUUGGCAUUUUAAUGUAAAAUUUUAUUUGAAUCAAUUGACCUUUUAACAGCAGCUUCCAUGAAAUUUCUUGUUGGAUAACACUGCAUUCAGGUAUGACAAACCCACAGAGGCAGGAAUACACAGAAAUUCUCAUGCAAGUCACAAAAUAUUUUGAGGAAAUAGAGAUGUCACAGCAAGUGUACUCAGAAGGAGUGCAGGUGCACAAAUAAAAUCUCCUCUCUUCCAGGAGCAUAAUGUUUUAUCCAAGUCUUAAACCUCCAUUUGCUAAAGUCUCCUCCUAUCAAUCACAUAUGCAAAAGUAUCAUUCCUAGUUUUAUCUAAGACAAUAUAAUCUUUAGAGAUUUAUUAUUUAUGUAGUUGCACAGAUAUACAUAGCAUUCUUUUAAAAGAUGUGGUAAGAAAAAGUCUUUGCCCCAGUUUACUCUUUUUAAUGAGCACUAAAAGGAAAAUAUAAAGAACUUUUAUUUUUACAGGUGGUUAGAUCUUUAGGACAUGAGAAAUGUUAAGAACUCAUAGGAAAAGAAAACACUGAACUCAAGAAAUCAUUCUGUUUUCAUCUGAACAAAAUGCAUUUGAUUUCAGCGAGUCUCACAGAACAUGAUUGCAACUGGCCCCAUGUAAUGGUGGAGCCACAAAUGCCAGAAUAGCUACCAACACCUCAGAAAAAAGAAGAAAAAAAAAGAAAGAAGAAAAAAAAAAAAGUUAAUUUUAAAAAGAAUUUACAGGGGAGCAAAAACUGGUUCCUGUUCCCAUUAGGCAGAAAGACACAAAAAAAUGCAGCUGAUUUAAUGAAUAAGUAAAUUUCUCAAUACUCUGCCACCUUAGAUUCUCAGUUUUGCAAAGUAGCUCCAGAAACAGUUUCAGACAAAGCCAAAACUGAUACCUGUACUGUUUUGUUUAUAGAAAUUACCCAAAUACUUUCUAUUACAACUUUUCUAACUUAAGCACAGCUAAAAGCUUUCAGGACUUAUACGUAACUGAGACUGCAUUUUAAAUACAAAUGAUGGACAAGAUAAAGGUGUCAAUACGGAAGAUUUAUUGCAGGAAAAACUGAAUGAGCUACCAUAGUGGCCCACAGCAAAG